AUGGCAUUAGCGGAGUCCUUCCUUCGGAGGGUCCACAAGCUGGGUAUCAUCCCCAAGGUGGUGAAGGUUCUUCCGAUAAUAUCCUUCUGUUUUGCAAUUGCAAGUGUGGCAUGGCUUUUGGUGCUUCCUCAAGAUGGGCAGUUCAGAAACACGUAUAUCUCAGAAAAUGCAUUGAUGCCUGGACAGGUCACAUCGUACUUCCGUGAGAGUGAGUGGAAUAUUGUUCGCGGAUACAGAACGGAAACGAAGAAAUGGGAUUACCAGGAGUCGGCAAAUAGCAACCCCAUGCUCGAGUCGUGGCUCACAGACCUUGGUCUAAAGGUAGCAUCCUUUGAAGAUGAAAAGACCAAUAGCUCCACCUUAUAUGCUGUGAUGCACGCUCCUCGUGGUGAUAACACAGAAGCUGUCGUGCUUGUUACCCCUUACAUCACGUCAACUAACGAAGACAACAUUGGUGGGUUCGCUAUUGCACCAGCAUUGGCGCGUUACUUUGGCAGAAUGUCCAUAUGGUCGAAGAAUGUCAUUUUUGUCUUUCCGAAAGAUGGCCAUGCAUCCUUAAGAUCCUGGGUUGAGGCGUACCACACAUCCUUGGAUCUUACUGCCGGAUCCGUGGAAGCUGCCAUUGUGUUGGAAUAUCCUAAGGAUAGUGACAAUUUCGACCACAUGCAACUCUUCUACGAGGGCCUCAAUGGCCAGCUUCCCAACUUGGAUUUAAUUAACACAAUCACCACAAUUGCCCGUAAUGAAAACAUGCAUGUUGGUAUCCAAGGUACUCCGGGAGAGGAACUCACAAGAAGAGACUACUGGUCAAGAUUGAGAACGCUCACCAGGGGAAUACUCAACUUAGCCAUCUCUGGAUUGCACAAGUCAUCACUUGGUUGUGAAGCAUUUUCUGGAUGGCAAAUUCAAGCAGUGACGAUUCGUGCUGUGGGUACUGGUGGUCCUGACAUUACGCAAUUUGGAAGAAUUGCUGACUCGACUUUCCGUGCUGUGAACAAUUUGCUCGAGAAAUUUCACCAAUCAUUCUUCUUCUAUCUCCUUUUGUCACCCACCCAUUUUGUCUCGAUCGGCACAUACUUGCCCUCUUCAGUGCUCCUAGCAGUGUCCUUUGCAUUGAGUGCACUCUGCUGCCUCGCCAAUGGUGUUACAGGCUCUCAGUAUCUCAUAGGAAUGGGCUCCUUACUCAUGACUUUCACAACAAUCGAACUCGUUUGUUUGAUCCUCGCAUUUACACUUCCUUACUUGGUGGAGACCUCCUCAGACGCAUAUGGACAAUCGCAAUGGAUCAUCCUCGCAGCGAUCGUAUCAACUGCUUUCUUGUCGCUCAAGCUGAUCAGUAGACGAAUCGUUCCGCUCAGGCUUAGUAAAGUCGCUACCUAUUCGUUGCUUGCUUUCAGUCUUUACUUUAUUGCGAUGUUAAUCACCACUUUACUCAUAGUGCACUUCGCGUUGGCAUUCACGAUAGGCCUCUGCUCGUUACCAUUAACGUUUAUUCAGCCGCAAGUGACGGCGCAGAUAAGAGAUAAGUCGAGUGUGAUCAAAACACAAGUGAGGAUCAUUGCGUGCUUGGUGGCGUCUUCUCCGGUCACUGCCAUUGUUCUUCUCGGGUAUUUUUACAACGGGGAAAAAGGAGCAGGAGUCGUUGGGUUAACCCAAAGAUUGUUGACGCUGUGGAAAGAAUUACAGUGCUGGACGUGGUUUGUUGUGGCGCUUGGGUGGCUCCCCGCUUGGAUCUCCAUUGCAAUUGCAUAUACUUUUGGCACCUUCGAAGAUGAGAUUAAGUCCAAAGAAAUUUACAAAACUGAAUAG